GUCAGCCGUGUGUGUGUGUGUGUGAGUGAGAGUGAGUAAGUGUGAGUGUGUGUCGCCGCCGCCUGGACAGCGGGAGAAAAGGAAUCGUCCGGGGGGGAAGAGAAAACCGGAGUAAAAAGCAUGGAGCUGACGGCGAUCGGGGACCGAGUUUUCGCCGCCGAGGCGAUCCUCAAGCGCCGCGUGCGAAAGGGCAACAUUGAAUACUUGGUGAAAUGGAAAGGAUGGGCGCUGAAGUACAGCACAUGGGAACCCGAGGAGAACAUCCUGGACGCUCGGCUCAUCACGGCGUUCGAGCAGAAGGAACGUGAACAAGAGCUGUACGGCCCGAAGAAGCGGGGACCGAAACCAAAAAACUUUGUGCUCAAGGCACGUGCUCAAGCAGUGGACACGUCGACUCGGAGCUCCAGUACUCGUCAAGCCCCUUCAAGCUCCUCCUCCCCCUCCCCAGGUCCUCCUAACCCUCCGUCAUCAUCAUCCCUGGCACCAACACCAAGGUUGCACUCUUUGGCUGCCUCGCACAAGCUCAAAAAAGACAUCCAUCGUUGCCACCGCAUGUCCCGCCGACCUUUGCCCCGACCCGACCCCUCAGCAAACCCAAAUGGUUCCUCGAUCGUCUCCCGCCUGCCGAUCUCUCCGUUUUCUGAGACUGUGCGCAUUUUGAACCGCAGAGUCAAGCCACGUGAGGUCAAGCGCGGUCGCAUCAUUCUUAACUUAAAAGUUAUUGAUAAGUUUGGCGGUGGGACGAACAAAGGACACCAAGGAAGGGCGCACAUCCCAUCUCGGAAUCGCAUCAUCGGGAAGAGGCAAGGGGACAUGCCUUACAAACCGUUUCAACCUCCCAUGAAGAUGCCUGGCUUUCCUAUGUACGGCCAACCAUUCGGGCUCCAGCCAUGUCGUCCUGCUUCAGCGUCAACUGGUACGAGAACGGGAUCUGCUGUCGGAAGUAAAACCAGAGGCCAUUCCUCAGCAGAUUCUUCCAGGGUUCAGGUCCAGUCACCUCCUUCUCCUGACAGUGAUGCUUCCACUUCACCACAAAACCAGCCUCGUCGACAACAAGCGCAGCUCUCUGCAACUUCAUCUUCGGCACUCGGCACAGAAACCUCAUCCGAAGCUCAUAAUCAAUCUACCAGCACCGUAACUGGAUCUUCCGCACCUUGUCUACCUUCCUCUCCCCCGCUCUCGUCGUCUUCUUCAUUAUCGUCCUCACCAGAAGAGAAAAAAGCAAGGGCACCGAAUCUCCCCUGUGUGGCUAGGGGCAGGAAAAGAAAGCCACGCCGCCGUUUUCCGAGAUCCGAUCCCUCCUGUGAUGGCACUGUGCCGGAACGAGGUGACCCUGACUGGCAUCCUAAGCGGACACCGAGCUGCGCCAAUGUUGUUGUUGCCAAUGUUGCGAGUAACCAUCUUACCGUCACCAUUAAGGAGUUCUGCCAGUCUAGAGCUACUUCCGGAUCACCAUCCCAAGCCGAGAAUGCCAAAGCUUCCACCACCUAGUCUUCUCCAGUUACUUCAAAUAGUAACCCCAUUGACCCCAACAAGAACUUGCCAUAAAAAUAUUCCCAAAAAGAACCAACGUUGCCAUCAAUGAAAUUUCAACAUAUUUUUAAAAAGAAAUGAAGUUAUCUAUAUAUAUAUAUAUAUAUAGACACGCAGAGACUUUAGACUCGGCUUGUCCCAAGUGUAUUCCUUUCAACCGCACAUAGAUCACAAGAUUCUGUGUCUUGCUGACCUUGUAAUCCAUUGACUGUGGGGAACUCUGGGGAUGCAAGACGAACCAAAUACCAUAUUGAAGUAAUUUUUGCUCAAUAUUGCAAUUGCAAUAAGCCUUGCAAUAUAUAAAAAAUUGUUUGUUGAAUCCUCAAUAUGGUUUGGCAGACAGGAAUCGGUUAGAGGGCUUGUCUGCGUAUCGGCAGACCAGCAAUACCGUCAAAACUUCAGUACUGCAAAUGUCAAUAGAUUUGCAAUAGCAAUUAAUGAGAUACAUUCAUUACAUUUAACCCUGGAACCGUGCCUGCUUUUGGUGCUGUCAGUGCUGUCGACACCUUAGCAUAAGCAGUGAGUGCGAGUAAGUUAUGCUUUGGUGUGGAAUGCAGCGUGUAUUGUUAUCAGUCCAUCCUUCUCCAAUGUAGACUAUUUAUUUGCACGCACAAUGCAAGACCCUUCUAGCAAACUUUCAAGUCUGCCCUUGUUGUUCUACACCCUUACCGAUAGAGAUGUCUACAAAGACUUUCAACUGCCAGUGGUUUCACAGUUACACCAAGGACUGCAUCUCAAAAUUGCUACUGUACAUCAUUUCUCCUCCCUGUUUCCUGGAGUCGUAUUUGCCUUUUUCAGUAACCAUACUGUGUAUUUGGUGUGAUUGGUGUUUUGUUGGCUUUCAACAGAUGUUGGACUGGUUUGAGAACUGGAAAGCUUUACUUAGGUUCUACAAAAGGAUAGAUUUGAUUGGCCAAACCUUGAAUGACGACUAUUUUUGCUGCGUCCGAUUCCAUUUUGAAAGAAUUCUUAAUGCUUUUCUGAUACAUCUGACCACGUUUCAUCUCAAACUGGUCCAGCAGUUGAGCUUUUGGUCCAAUUGGGUGCUAGCAUUGAAAAAUCAGACCUGGGAUAAAAACAGACACUUUUUUUCUGUUAUUCUGAGCUUCCAGCAAAAGGGCUCAAUUGAAUGUGAAUGGCGUUUAUAUUUGUUUUGUUUUUAUCUGGGUUUUCACACGCAUACAACUGAAACCCCAUGAAUUCGUAUUGAAAACGGUUUUUGGACUGAUUCCGCAAACCCAUUGCAUCAUAUUUAUGUCUGCUUUAUGAAAAAAUAAAUGAAGUUUGGGGUGAAAAGGUUUAUGCCGGAGUUCAUAUGGCAGCUAACUUGGCUAACUGUGGUGAAGAAUAAUUCAAUGUGAAAAGGCUUAUUUAUUUAUAGGACUCAUUUGACAACACCAAUUCGCUCUAAUAAUCCUUCAAAGAAUGGAAUUAAUGUGCCUUCGGGAACUUUGGGCAGAGGAGAAUAUUGGGAAAUGUGUUUGGGUGAGGGGGUGCUUGUAGAAAUGGCUUUACAUGUUGGUUUUUGUUUUAGGCCAGACUUAUAGCUAUUUUGUUUUUGAGGCAACAUGCUUUUAAAUAAAUUGGUAGUGGCCAAUUGGACGGUACGGGGCAUUUUUUCUGUACCAGUUGGAGAACUUUUGGUGCAAAGUGAACUGUUUUAAGUAACGUUUUCUUGUUAGUAUGUUGUGAGCCAUUUUUACAGCUAGUUAGCUAUAGUUGUAAAUGAGGACCAGAUUCAAAUUGGUGACUAAUUUUUGCCAAAAUUACUAUGCGAAUAAUUUGCAACUCGACAAGUUAUGUCUAAAUUGAUACGAGGAAAGUUCUUUGUAUUCAGAGUCUGGUUCUGCAGAUUCCCCAUUUUCUGCACGUCCAGUUCAGACUUGACAGAAAAGGACCGACUUGAUUAGAAACUUUUUCGAUCGUAUGAAAUGGGCAACUCCUGAGAAAUUGUCUGAGGAGCGCAUAUAUCUCAAGUUCCGCACUAUUUUAGGAACCAACUCCACAACACAUAUGCGCAACUCAACUCCCUGAGCUGCUUCAGCUAUCUAGCUGGCUGACAUUGUAGUGUUUAUGAAUCACAAUAAUUUUUUUAUUGCCUUUUUAACUUCAAACUCCAAAAAUGGCCGAUGUCCUUGCUAAUAAACAAAUGGCUGUUGAUAGAUUUUUGCUCGCAAGGUUGCCUCAAACAGUCAAACGUAUUGUUUACGACAUAUUGUUCCGUUAUCUAUUAUUUUUAACUCUCCCAAAAAAUGAAGUUUAUCCCAGGUCUGGGAAAGAUGAACUCCAUGACCCACUCCUUCCUCCGGUGCUGCCCCUCCACAGGGCAUCUCUGUAUGGUGCAUCUGUGUAAUAUAUAUAUAUAACGGUAUAUGAAAGCAUGUGUUGCCUUUGGCCGUGGCUUUUUUUUUUUUCCUCAAACACAGGACAUGCUCCAAAGUACCGAAAGCCGAGUCUUUGUUUACCUGUGUGUAAUGUGUGCUAGGAAAUAGCCGUAGGAACUGCUGAGAUGGUUCGUCAUUUACUCGAAGUAAACCAGUGGCCUAUGUUUUAUAUUUAAUAGGGCUCAAAAAGGUUUUUGGAUUUUGGACAUUUGCACCACCUAAUAAGACUUGGUACCUUCUGAAAGGUCUAAAUGAUCCGGAGGGCUUUUUCUUCUUUUUUUUUCUUUUGUUUUGUUUUGAAAACGACAUUUUUGUACUGUAGGAGUGGUGUAUCGAGUGCCACGUUUCUUUUAUAGUCAACCUUGUUCUAUUUGAGUAGUUCAGGCCGUGGGUUCGAGCGAACGAUAACCCCAAACGCCAAGCUACGUGUGACCCACGAAACGUGUCUUUUAUUGUUUCAUGUAUCGAUAUAAGUUGACGAGUAUAUUAACGAUAAUUAUAACGUUGUAAUGUAUCUGAUGCAUGUUACUGCAUAAGCCUAAUUGUACAGGUCAUUUGAAUGUCAGUUAACGGUGUUUGCGUUGUGUUUUUCUCUUGUAGGAUGCUUUUAAUAAAUGUCACGUGAAAUGACA